GUCGUUACAGAUCGACAAUGUGGAUCUAUUAGUAGGUCUACUAGUCAUGGUUGGCGAACCAUCUACCUACCUAGGUUCCCCCUCCGCACUUACCAGUGUCUGAUUUUGCUCACCUGCCGAAACGAGGUUAGACUUUCGAUCUGGCAGAUUUAACUUUAGAAAGAUUAACCAAGUCUUCUCACUUGACUGGGACAUCUGACGCUGCCUCGAACAAUACGAGUUUUGGCAAAAACCUCAUCCAACCUCAAGGAAACACCAUGUCUCAGGAAAGUCAACAGUGGCUUUCCAAAUACUCCAAUAAUUACCAUGCCUGGAAAUCCACCUUAUUCAAUGGCCGGACCGUAUACCAGAGGGCCUUAGGUCUCGUAGAAACAUCUUUCGAUACAGAUGGUUCACACUAUGGCGGCCGCGCAGACAUGAAUGCCCUCUUCACCGUUGAGAUCCGCCAUUCUCUCUCCCCGGACGAAUUUCGAGAAAGGAUAACACUAGUUUGGGCAAAUCUUCGGUUGCACCAUGUCCUCCUGCAAAGCAGAGUUGACGAGAUCCAUGGAGAAAGAAACUUCACUAUCGAAGUCCCAAAUAGUUAUGAAGAAGCAAUUCAAGAAACACAAAAGUGCAUUGUUUGGAUCGAGGAUCUGUACCCUCAAGUCGACGAAAACGAGCUCUACAAGCACUGCUUCAACGUUUCCCGAAUUAUCGACCCUUCCCGAUGCCUUUCCCGCCUGUACGUCCUCCCUCCCAUCCAGCUACCAAACGGGAAUUUCAGUCUACGGUUUCUAGUCAUAAUGGCGCAUCAAAUAUCAGACGGACUGUCCUCACAUAACUGGUUCUCCCACUUCCUUCGCCUCCUCAAUGCGCCGUUUUCGAGGAUCAGAAGUGAAAUCAGCGAAGCCCUGAACCCAAAAGCCAUCGCGUCCAGACUCCCGCUCGCCCAAGAAGAUCUCUACCCCAAAAUCCCCGGCAGCAAAGCCCGACAGCGCUGGUUCUGGGCCCUCCUCCGCGUCCUCCGACAUGUCCGUAACACUCUCCCUCCGACAUUCACAAACCCCCUUCGAAGAGGAGCGAACAACUUCGACUCCAAUCAACCACCUCCCCUUCCGCCCAAAUUCUCCAAGAUCUUUGUUUACUCCCCCUCCGCCCUCCCUCCUCUCCGUUCCGGCCAUUUAACCGUCGCCCUCUCACCCACUGCAUCGAAACACCUCAUCUCCCUGUGCCGCAGCGCCAAAGUCAGCAUUGGGGCAGGCUGCUUCGCACUCGCGGGCCUCUCAAUGAUGGAACUAGAAGAGGCACGUAAUCCACACAUCCCGCCCUCGCAGCGUCCCGCAUUUGCAGCAUCCUUCCCCUUAAAUCCGCGACCAUUCUUCGGGUAUACCGGACUAGCCGAUUCCUGCAUGUUAGCCUUCAGCGAUGGAGUCGUCAUGCCGUUCUUGCCGAAGGAGCUACCCAUAGAUGGAAGAUUUAGGUUGGUGGCGAAACAUGCGAAUCGUGAGUUGAAGGUCUACCAGAAGAGGUUGAAGGAUUCGAAGGGUGGCAGGUUGAGCCUGGAGCCGCAUUCCCCGUUGCGCAUGCUGGCAAAUGGAUAUUUGGGCCUGCUGGAACGGGUUGAAGCAAAACUCCCACCUGAGCGAAAGACAGGGGCGAAUCCUCAGGGGAACUUGCCUGCGAAAACGUUUCAAUACGGUGCGACGUGCGGAGUCAGCUCCGUUGGUUCGACGGCAGGCGUCUUUCGGGCCGGAAUGUACGACCUCGAUGCUGUAGGGCAGGAUGGCAAGGACUUUGCUGCCGAUUACAGGGGGUUGAGGAUUGGAGUCAGGGCGAGAGACAACGAGUUCUUGAUAGGCAGUUCGUCGGACUAUAGAGGCAUUGUGGGGUUUGGUGUUAGUUAUGAUGCGUCUGCUAUUAGUGAGGAGGCGGCAGAAGCAUGGGCGCAGAAGAUACAGUCACUGUUGGAGAAGGAGGAUAGGCCAAUGUUGUGAAGAUGGCAUGGCAGAUAGAACAGAAAUCGAACGGAUACGGAAGGCGACAACGGGGUAUAUUUACAUCUAAGACUAAGUCAACCCUGACUCUAUCACUUGGGUCAUCAGC